AUGGCCACCAUGGAGGACGAGGACCUGCUGGACUAUUUCCACAUCGAAUAUGGGCAGAACAUCCUGCACUUGCAGAGGAAACCGCGACAGGCAGAGGAGGACUCCCUGUCCCUAUUGACCCACCUCCAAGAGAAGAAGAAAGAAUCCAAACUGAUGCAAAAGGCUCUGGAGGCGAAGAAAGAGGAGUUCAAGGAGAGGAUGAAAGCCCUGGUCUGUGGGUGGCGGGACCUGCACGCCCAGGAGGCUGAGGUGAAAACCCACAUGGAGAAAUCCCUGAGGAUCGUAAAGGAAGAUGAUAAGAUGCGAGACCAAACUCUGAAGAAAGCAACCAAAGAGAGAGAGAAGAAGAUACAAAAGGAGUUUGAGCUUUUGAGAGCUAAAAGGGAACUGGAAGUCUGGAGAAAUAAGCAUGAGAAACUCUACAGCAAAGUGCAGAAGUACUCCAUCUUCAAAAAAUACCUGGAGGAUGUGGUGAAGAUCUCACAGUUUGAGGACAUCCAAGAAGUCGUUUCACGCUACAAGACGCUGCUGAGUGUGUACAAGGACCUGGAGCAGUUGCAACAGAGACACAAGGAAAUGUCCGAGCAAGCCAGGGUGUUCCUGGACCAGUACACAGAGGAGAAAGAAGCCGAGAUCCUGCACUACAUAAACGAGCUGGUGGAGCUCCAGCAAUGUUUUGACCAGGCUAAAGAAGACGUCCAGUUCUGGGAGACUUGCUGGGCUGGCAUCCAGAAAACAAGUACCAAGAAGACCCUGGAGCUGGGGAUCAUCAGGAUGGCCACCCUCAACCUCUUCCAGUGUGCCAAAAAGCAGAUGAAAGCUAAACAGAACGUGCCGGUGAAUGACAGCCUUGGACAACUGAACAUGAUUCAGCAGGUUAUCCUUGCAGACAUCUCCAUGGAGGGGAAAGAGGACAUGCAGGACCAUCAGCGAGCAGCUGUACCUACAGGACAUGCCAAU